GCACACCUCCCACGAGACAUUCCCGUCAAGUACAAUUCGCACUCCCCCUUCGGCCUAGGAAGCGUCACCGAAAAAGACCGGGCACUGGCCUGGGAGAGUCUCGACACAAGCGCAGGAGAAAUCAGCCUAGACAAGGCAUGGGCAGACGCACACAACCUCCCCAAAUCAACGCCCUUUUUCUGGGACAAAGACCGACAGAUCUAUCUCCUCAACGCACACCACAGCCUGCACUGCAUGCGCAAAGUCCGCCGCGCCUUGACCCUUUACAACUACAACCGCCCGCAGCUCGACUCUUACCCCCACCUAGUACACUGUACGGACCACCUCGUCCAGAAUAUCAUCUGCGAGGCCGACGACACGCCCUUCUACACCUCGCCCACCGCUAACAUUACCACGGGGCUCGGUCAGGUGCGCAUGUGCCGUAGUUGGGACCGGCUGACGGAGUGGGCGAACGAGCAGACGGCGUGCUUCGGGUACAUUAAUGAGACGCAGGGUGUGGGGGCUGUGAUUGAGCGGUUUAGAUAUUGUCCAAAGGGCAGCCCGAUGUUAGGGCCAAUGCGUGAGUAUUUU